CUUGCAGACGUAGCAGAGCGUCCUCCGGUGCUUUUGUAACACAGUCAACGUGCAUGUUACCAAACACUUUGGGGUUUCUUUGUAAACACAGCACCGACCAAGUGGAGCUUUAACUGCAUUAAGGCACAAUCAAGGUUCCCUGGCAUGGCUCAUACUUGUAUUCACUGGUUCCGCAAGGGACUCAGGCUGCAUGAUAACCCAGCACUGAUGGCUGCUCUGAGGGACUGUAAGGAGCUGUAUCCAGUGUUCAUCCUGGACCCUCACCUCUAUAAUAACACCUGUAUGGGGAUCAACCGCUGGAGGUUCCUCAUUGGAUCCCUGAAAGACCUGGACUGCAGCCUCAGGAAACUCGACUCCAGGCUCUUUGUUUUGAGAGGGAAGCCAGAGGACGUGUUUCCCAAGCUGUUCAACAAGUGGAAAGUAACAAAGCUGACCUAUGAGUACGACACUGAGCCCUACAGUCUGAGCCGUGACCAAACAGUGACUGCACUGGCCAAAGAACAUGGAGUCGAAGUCAUCUACAGUGUCUCACACACUCUUUAUGAUAUAGACAGGAUAAUCGAGGAAAACAAUGGGAAGGCUCCCCUUACUUUUAUCCGUAUGCAGGCAAUAGUGAAGACUCUUGGUCCCCCUAAGAGACCGAUCCCUGCUCCCACUAUGGAAAAUAUGAAAGAUGUGAAGACCCCUUGUUCAGAAAACCAUGAGAAGAAUUAUGCGAUCCCCACAAUGGAGGAGGUUGGCCAGGACACUGCAGCCCUUGAAGAGGAGAAGUUUCCAGGAGGAGAACAGGAAGCUCUGAGGAGACUAGAUGAACAUAUGAAAAGAACGGGAUGGGUAUGUAACUUUGAGAAGCCACAUACUUCUCCAAACUCUUUGAGCCCCAGCACCACAGUUCUCAGUCCAUAUGUCACUUUUGGCUGCCUGUCUGCACGCACCUUCUGGUGGAGGCUGACAGACGUCUAUCAGGGGAAGAAGCACUCAGCUCCCCCAGUUUCCCUGCAUGGACAGCUUCUGUGGAGAGAGUUCUACUACACAGCUAGUGUGGGGAUCCCUAACUUUAGUAAGAUGGAGGGCAACCCUGUAUGUACCCAGGUGGAUUGGGACACAAACGCUGAAUAUCUGGCUGCAUGGAGAGAGGCUCGGACUGGUUUUCCCUUCAUUGAUGCCAUCAUGACUCAGCUGAGGCAGGAGGGCUGGAUCCACCACCUGGCCAGACAUGCUGUUGCUUGUUUUCUCACCAGGGGGGACUUGUGGAUCAACUGGGAAGAAGGGCAGAAGGUGUUUGAGGAGCUUUUAUUGGAUGGCGACUGGGCUCUGAAUGCUGGAAACUGGCAGUGGCUCUCAGCAAGUGCCUUCUUCCACCAGUUCUUCAGGGUCUACUCUCCUGUCGCAUUUGGCAAGAAGACAGACAAAAAUGGUGACUACAUCAAAAAGUACCUUCCUCUUCUGAAGAAAUUCCCAGCCCAGUAUAUCUAUGAGCCUUGGAAAGCUCCGCGCAGUAUUCAGCAGGCAGCAGGAUGCAUUGUGGGUAAAGACUACCCACAUCCCAUUGUACAGCAUGAAGUGAUCAGCAAAAAGAAUAUCCAGAGGAUGAAGUUAGCCUAUGCCAAGAGAUCCACAGACGCUGCAGAAUCACCUAGCAAAAAGCAAGGUGUGAAGCGCAAGUCAACAUCUGUCAUCGACAUGAUGAAGAAGAAGAAAGAUAGAAAAAAGUAGUGUUUGAACAAAUGAAUACAAGCGAAAGAGUUUUCUAUGAUUGUUUAUUUAAAACAUACUGUGAAGCUGAGGGUCUGUCUGGACUGGAAGCCAAAGUAGUCAGUCAGAGACUCUCAUCUAUGUGUGGAGGCAGUGUAUGUCUUCUAUUUUAUUUGUAUCUUUUUUUAUUUCAAGUACUGUUUUUAUUUUUACUUUGAGUUUUGUAUCUAUUUUAAUGUUUACCGGUGAGUCUAAAUUAGGUAAGGUCAGAAGUAUACUUUGAGAAUGUUUCUUGCACAGAGAUAAAGUUAAAAAUGUAUAACUACAUGGUUUCAUCUUUGUUUGGAGUCUACAGUUUAUAUUGAGAUGAGCUUUCUUUUUUAUUGUUUUGGUUUAAUUGUUUUUUUUGUUUUGUUUUUUUGUUCUCCGGUGGUUUUAUCCAAUUCAAUGAAAAUUUGUAAAAAAUAAAAAUUUUAAAAAAGUUCC